AUGUCGCGCGAGCACCUGGAGUUGCUGCGCAGCUCCGCCUUUGAAUCAGAACACGCACAGCUCUACGACAGCUCGUACAUGCAGCACGAGGCAGCAGCGCAGGCUUUGGAGCAGGAAAUCGAAUCGGCUGUGGGAGGCAUCACCCCCGACGACAACUCGGACGAACACAUGCGAGUCGUGCGAACCCAGAUCACUAUCCACAGAGAGCGACAGCGUGCACUGCGACCGCACCUGGAGAGCGGGAGUGGUGUUGAAGACGAGGAGGGCCGCGAAUGCGUCUUCGUGCCCGCGCCAAACCACUGGGGUGCGAAUGGAGAUCUAGACGAGGAGAGUGGGAGCCUGUCGUCCGUACAUAACCUCCUCACAUGGCAGGCCAACUAUUCACCACUAUCAUACACCCCAAUGUACGACUCUCUGCCGUCACCGGACAUGCCUUACCACACCAUGCUCGACCCCACUCAAUCCCAAGUGACCUAUCACCUCCACCGCACCCGGGAAUGGACACAGGCCGGGAUGCGGAAGUACAUCUACAGCGCCCGCGAAUAUAGCGACAAGUACACACUCUACACACUGGAGGCUUCACACCGAGCGGAUUCCCAGGUUUCAACCGCAGAUUUCUUCCGUGUCGCGGAGUUUCCGCAGCCUUGUAUUUCCAUUCUCCUUUCAGCCAUCGACGGCGGCCCGUCCAAACGCCCGGACCCGAACUCCGCCUACAAGAGCAGGUGCAUACAUCUGCGUGGCCCGUUCUCGACCCCAAUUAAGGAAUAUCCAGAUCGCCAGCAAAAGAUUCCAUGGUCGCCGCGCCGUUUCACGUACGGCGGCCGGCGCUUCGUCUGGAAACCUGGUGAUGACAAGGACGACGUGAUGCCGGAGACUCUCUACGAGUACGAAAACGACUGGCCGAAGCCAGGAAGCCGGACCGGGAAGAGACUGGACGAUGCAGGCGAGCGAAGACUGGUCUGGGGCGACAAAAAGAGGAAGGGCAUGGUCGAUAGCUACACGGUCCAUUUCGCAGGCGGAGUCGAUCAGGUGUUCCGGGAGAUCUUGCUGGCCAGCCAGAUGGUGAGGCAGAUCUGUCUCUUCAGCACCGCCAUGGAGGGGUAG